AUGACUGCCAAAGAGACGGAUUCGCAAAAAAAGUUCUCCAUUUUUACUGGUAUCCAGUAUGGUACCACUGCAGUGGCAGCUCUACUCCUAAUGCGCACUCAAAACAAGUUUCUUACUCAUGCUCAGCGAGGGAAGACUAUUGUAGGGGCUGCAGGUUGCAUAUAUUUGUCGGUCGCAAUCGAAUUUGACAUAAACAUUAGAUGACAGAUACAUCAGAAUUAUCAAAGAAAGUCCUCCAAAAAGACUGCUUUGAAUGUCGCGUAACUGGAUCAUUGAGUUGUGCUGCGAUUGGAGUUUUUGUAUUCUAUCAGUCGAGUUCUGCCUACUAUUUGAAGCGGCCUUACGUGCAACUAGCUGUUCGUGGAAUAGGAGCUGCCUUUCUGUACGGAGGAUUAGCACGCUGGUUCUAUUUUCCACCGUUCCAUUCGCUCAAAGGAACCUAUAAGAAAAUUGAUGUAUAGCCUCCCCUUUUUUGUGCAAUAAAAAUGCGACAAUUGACAUUCUGGUUUUUUUGUUUGAAAUUGCUCACUUUACCCCCACUCUAAUUUGCUUGUUCAUAGAUAGAUCGUUAGAAUAGUUAAAGUUUUUUUUAGUGCGCAUCUGUUAUUGUUCAGUAAUUAUUUUUCCUUGCAAUAUCAAAUUAUUACCUACCAGUAAACUAUGUGAAUGGUCUUGAAUGACAUCCAAGUGUAUUUCCAUAUCUUUGGUUUAUACUCCUUCAUUAUAUCUUGUUAAAAUUUGCUCGCUCGUGCUUUGAUAGUGCCAACUGCUGCACUCGUGUUGUUGUUGGUUGUCUACCGUUGAUGUAUUACUUCCUACGAUUCUUGCUCUCUGAACUGUUAGCUUUUUUCUGUUUUUUCUACUGACCUGUUCUGCUCAGCAUUGCUGUGCUGUCUUUUUCAUAGUAUGUUCACUCUAUGUUGAAAAAAUCCCUUGC